AUGGCCAACCCGCUUUCGCUGUCCGCCGAGAAGGAGUUCAAAGCGGCCCACCGGAGUUCACCGUCAACCCUGCCUCCCGAAUGGGCUCCCAUCCUCAAUCCGGAUACCAAACACUCUCAACCUUCAACAUCCGUCCUCAGGGACAUCGCGCGCCUGUACAACCGUGUCGUUGACAAGUACUCGGCCGAGUGCGAUGAUUAUGCAAAGCUUUUGGCCAAACGCAAGCUCUUUGAUCGUGCUACUCGCAAGGGCGCUACACCAGCGGAAGUUGCGGCUGUCUUGCCCGGCUUUCAGAAGAGUUUCGUACUCUCAGCGCCUGUCGACGACGACAUAGCCAGCCACUUCUUGGAGUACGAGACAGCCUUGGAUGCUGCUCGCAACGCGGCGACAGAGUACCUCCAUUCGGUGUACACGGCUCGUUUGGCCCAAUCUGACAAGGAGUUGUAUCGCAAGUUUUCGGCGCUCCCCAUAGAUUUUGCUGCAGACGCUCUCUCAGUGAUCACCUCGCACAAUGGCUCCAAGAAGGAGGAUGGUUCGGACAUGGAGGACUGGCUUAGUCUUGUCGAACAGACACUCCGGAGGAAGUUGGAGCAGUUGCGCGCAGAAGCCGUCAACAGUCUCGGAAACUCAACACCGCCCAGGCUCUCGACCGAAAGUAUACCCGCUGCCAAAGGAAAAGAAGUUUAA